GUUGACAUAGCCGGACACACGCAGCUGUUGCACGUCUCUAUUUUAUUUUUAUUUCUUCCUUCCACUCCUUCAUCUUGUCACUUCCUGACAACAGCUGCAAGAGAAACCAGAGCAGAGUCGCCCUGACGUUUGCAGUGUGUCCCGUCCUCACAGGCAUGGCGGUGUUCGACAGCUGCUCCGUGCUCCUGGACCUGAAGACUCUGUCCUUCAAGGAGAAGAAGAAGCUGCAGUCGGCGGUGACGGAGAACGGAGGCAGCGUUUCCUUCGUGGUCAACAAACAGUGCUCUCUGAUAGUGACCAGCGAUGUGUCCAAGCUGAGCACCAACAGGCUGCGCAGCAUCCAGAAGUACGGGACGCCCGUGGUCGGGGUGGAUUACGUGUAUGGCUGUCUGGACAGAGGAGUGCUCCUGCCCGUGGACGAGUACAAACUGGACACUUCCCCUCCCGCUGCUUCCUCACCUUCUCGUCAUCUGUCCUCACUGAGGCCUGCUCCACUCUCACGUCAAGUUGCCGAGCCCAUGGACCCCGUGGCCGGUCCGACUCCGAGGGCACAGACUCCACAGAGGAGCAGACGUGUCCUGGAAAAGUACAGAAUAUACACCGAAAUCGAUUCUGAUCAUCCACCGUAUCCGGAUCAUUUUCAAGUUGCAAAAUAUUCAAUCUUUGAAAAGACAAACAGCAACACUUGGUGUGUGCUGGAGCUGCAGAGUGUCCGAGGAGAGAGUGGACGGCGUUACCGCGUGGUCAGGAAUUGGAAGAACGAUGUAGAAGUCGAGAAGGAGACGCUGGUGUUUCCAUCCACCUCGGAGGAAGCUGUCGAGGUUUACCACACGCUGAGAGACAUGUCGCUGGCCGCCGGUCUGCAGCUGAGGGGCAGCCUCCCUCCUCAGGCCCGGGCCCUGGGUUCCUCCGUGCUGCAGCAGCUGAUGCUGGAGGAGAACCUGAACACAGGGAGCGUAUCGCAGGAGGUGGCCGUCUUCGUGGAGCUGCUGUGGACCGAGGCCCUGGGCCAACUCUCCGUCACCCUCAGAGUUCCCGUCCACAAGCUCAGCCUCAAUGACGUGAGCAGGGCGGAGGGUUUGUUGCUUCAGGCUCAGAAGAAGCUGAAGGAGGAGAAACGCACCGAGGUGACAUCACUCCUGGAGGAGUUUUAUGUCCUGCUGCAGCACCGUGUCCACCUUCAGCUUCCCGACGCCAAGGUCAUCUCUCAGAAACUGGACCUCUGUCAGUUGAUCCGAGAUGUCCUGAACGUGAGUGAGAUGUCUCUGCGGAGCCCCGCCCCCUCCUGUGUGGGGAAGUACCGUGCACUCAGGUGCAGCAUCGAGACGGUUCCCCCGGGCAGCUCCGAGUUCCAGGUCGUGACCACUCCGCUGCAGCACAGCAAAGUGAAGAUCCAAAAGGUUCUGCGAGUCGCCAGGGGGAUGGAGCUUCAGACGUUUCAGAGCGAGCUCGGGAACGUCAGGACACUUCUUCAUUCCUCCAGCCCCAGCAACUUUGUAGGAAUCCUGUCUCGUGGUCUGCUGAUGCCCCGUGCUGGAGUGGAGCAUCAUGGGAUAGAGAGGACAGACAUCGGUAACCUGGGCAGUGGAAUCUACUUCAGCGAUGCCAUCAGAACCAGUUUGAAAUACUCCAGGCCCAGUACGACCGACGGCUCGCGGCUGCUGCUGGUCUGCGACGUGGCGCUGGGAAGUUGUCGGGACGUCCGCAAGAGGGACCCCACGCUGACCGAAGCCCCCGAGGGACACCACAGCGUGCACGGAGUCGGCUGCACCCGGCACACUCCCUCCGAGUUUGAGGAUGACGAGUACGUGGUGUACGGUCCCGAUCAAGUGAAGCUUAAGUACGUGGUACAGUUCAGCAUGGAGGGGGAAGAGCUGAGAGAGUUCAGUCCUGCCGUCGACACCUCUGCCGAGCCGGGGCGGCCUCCAUCCGACCAGGUGCUGAGUUUGGAGGACGACGGAGUUGAAGUCAUUAAAAACCCUCUGGAGGACGUGAAGGUGGGACUGUUGGACAGCUCUGGUCAGCGGCUCCCUCUGCAGGCCGUCCACGUGAAGUGCAAACUGAUGGAUCUGCUCUCUCAGGUCAUCAUUUUCCAAAAGUACACCAACACGAGCUCCUUGCCCAUUGAGGCCAAGUACGUCUUCCCACUGGACGACUCGGCAGCAGUGUGUGGAUUCGAAGCUUUCAUCAACGGGAAACACGUGGUGGGAAAGGUGAAGGAGAAGGAGACGGCUCGCAAGGAGUACAGGCAGGCUGUUGAGAAGGGCCACGGAGCGUAUCUCAUGGACCAGGACGCCCCCGACGUGUUCACCAUCAGUGUGGGCAACCUGCCGCCCGGAGCCAGUGUGCUCAUCAAAGUGACCUUUGUGUCCGAGCUGAUCGUCCGGGACGGGAGUAUCCUCUUCUCGCUGCCCGGGAGCGUGGCCCCGUGGCAGGAGAGUGCGGCGCUCAACCAGACCACGCAGGUCACUGUGGAGAAGGUGUGUGUGACUGAUGAGGCAGCAAGUACAAGAGAGUUCACCCUGGACAUGUCGGUGGAGAUGCCAAAUGAAAUCAGCAGCCUGCAGUGCAUCACUCACAAAGUCAAGAUCAAGAGAACAGACUGUAAGGCAGUAGUGAGUUUGCUGCCAGGACAGGUGAUGGGUGCGGAAGGUUUUCAGCUUUCUGUCAGUCUGUCUGAAGUCCACCUGCCCAGGAUGUGGGUGGAGAGACACCCCGACAAGGACAGCCAGGCCUGCAUGUUGGUUUUCUACCCGGACUUCGACGUCUGCUCCGACUCGGCGUCCGACGAGGUCGUCCUGUUGCUGGACACGUCCGAGUCCAUGAAGGGAGAGUCUCUCUGCGCGGCCCAGCGGAUCGCCCUCCAGGUCCUCAAGACCCUCCACCACAGCCUCCGAGUCAACGUGGUCUUAUUCGGCACAGAUCACACGGAAGCGUUCCCGACGGCGCAGCCGCUCGCUGAAGCCCGUCAGGCGGCAGAGAGCUUCAUCAAGAACGUCUCUCCGGUGGGUGGCAGCACGGAGCUCUGGCGGCCCCUGCGCGCCCUCAGCCUGCUGCCUCCGUCGCGCGGCACCAGGAACCUGUUGCUGCUGUCGGACGGCCACAUCCAGAACGCAGAGUUCACCCUGAAGCUGCUCCGGGACGACGUUCAGCACAGCCGCCUCUUCACCUGCGGCCUCAGCCCGACAGCCAAUCGGCACAUGCUGAGAGCCCUGGCCCAGGCAGGGGGUGGAUCCUACGAAUUCUUUGACAUGAAAACCAAACACAACUGGGCAGAGAAGGUGGCGUGUCAGGUGAAGCGCGUCGCGUCCCCGGGCUGCAGGUCGGUGUCGGUGAAGUGGCAGCAGUUCAACCCAACGGCGGCGGCUCCCGUGCAAGCACCCAAACAGCUUCACGCUCUGUUCAACGACUGCCACACGCUUGUUUACGGGUUUGUGCCCCACUGCACACAGGCUACAUUGCUCGGGAACCUGAGCGGUCAGGAGCUCAAGACCAUGGUGUCAACAAGUGAGCUGCAGAAGACGAAGGGCACAUUUCUUCACAAGCUCACAGCAAGAGCCCUCAUCAGGGAUUACGAAGACGGAAGCCUGGACAGGGACGAGGCGGAACAUGAGGGGAAGAAAGCGGAGUUGAAGUCCUUCAUCGUCGAGUUAAGCAGAGAGUUCUCCAUUCUGUCUCAGUUCACCAGCUUUGUGGCCAUUGAGGAAAGGGAUUCAGCCGGACAACCAGAGGAGGGUUUCACAGAUAUUCCCAAAUUGAUCGCGGAGGAGGAUGUGGACUUGCUCCCCUACAUCAGCUGGGAUUUCCCUCAGAAGAGUGGAGAUGAUGAGGAACAGGAGGAAGAGGAAGUAGGAGGGUGUUUUGAAUUGGAAGUGUUGGACCUUGACCACGUUGAAAGUUACUUCAUGGAGGAAGGAAUGUCAAAUGAUCUUUGUCUGUCAUGGGCCCCAGUCUCUUCAGAUUAUUCACCAAUGAAAGCCUCUAGCUGGUCUGUUCCAUCGCGUGUCCCUGAGAAGGAGAGAAGUCGUCCCAAAAAGAAAAAAAGACGGUCUGUCAGGUCAAUAGAAGAGAAACAUGAAGUGAUGGAAAGUCUUUCAGACAAGAUUGAGAGUGUUUCCCACACUCUGCUUCCCCCUGGUCCUCAUCCUCCGACUCCCACUGGUUCCUUUGACAAACUGAGCUCCAUCGGAAGUUGUCCUAAAUUAACAAGUUCUUCUCUUGGACAUGUGAGGCACUCUUUCGGAAGAAUGCGUCAACCAGCUCGUCCUCCUGCGUACCCAUCUUCAUCAUCAGGGUUUGUCGCAGCUGGUCUUCCGCAAAGCAAAGGUUCUCCUUUUUACGGAGGGAUGCGUCAACCAGCUCCUCCUCCUCCUCCUCCUCCUCCUCCUCCUGCGUACACAUCUUUAGUUGACCAAACUUUUUCAGACUCUCUGAUCCAUCCACCUCAUCCUCCCCAUCCUUACAUUGCAUCAGGGUUUGUCGUAGCUGGUCUUCCGCCAAGCCAAGGUUCUCCUCUUUUCGGAAGUAUAUGUCCAUCAGCUCCUCCUCCUCCUCCUCCUCCUCCUCCUCCUCCUCCUCUUCUUCCUCUUCUUGCGUACCAAUCUUCACUUGUCCAAACGGGUUCUUCAGCCUCUCCGAUCCCUCCACCUCCACCUUCUUUGGUUGGCACUCCGCUCCUCGCAGCUGAUGAUACUCAAGGUUCUUCUCCUGGAUCUGUGAUUCGCACUCUCAGAAGUCUCUCUCAGCGAACUUCCAUGUACAAAAUGUCAGCACGUCGCAAAUCAUCCUCUUCACGUGAAAUGGACGCGGCCUUCGGCGCCACCACACCUCCCAUUGUUCAACCUGCGCCUGCACUGGAUGCAUGUCUGGACAUGGAAACGGGUUACUCUGACCACAUGGUCUCUUACCGUAUGGGCCGCCGUUCAAAGUCUGGACUGUUACGUUCUCAACGUUCUGGAGAAUUGGAAUGUUCUCUAAUACAGAGUGCAUCUAUAGUGCCACCAGCUCGUAUGGCAGGAUUUAAAGGAAUGCAAGUCCGUCCUCAAGGUCAACCCGUGGAUGAAGAGGACACUCUUUCAACAGGCUUUUCUUACAUGGCAGGAUUGAUCCAGAGACAUCUUAUAUGUGACGAACCGGGUGAGAGUGUUUUACUGCACAGGAUGGGUUCACCACGUCACCCUCCAGUUGAACUGCCGCUACCACAAUCAGCAAUUCCUCAAGACUUUUGGCAAGAAGGCGAGAAGCCCCCUCAUCCUCUGUCUCCACCAGUUUCCUUCAAGAGGAAACCAAUAGAUCCUGAAGAACUGAAGCUCAAAUGGACAAAGAUCUUCCAGAUGCAGAAUUCGGAUGGCUACUGGGAGCUGACGACGCAACUGGGCGAAUUCAUGAACGUCGACGUCGACCUCUUCGCCAACGUGUUCCUGAAAAACAAGGGCAUCCUCUCUCUGGGUGUGAGGGCCCAUGCAGACAUCCUGAGGCUGCUGGCGACUCUUCUGGUUCUGCAGCUGAUGAGGGAGGAGGAAGUGGAGGAAGGCAAACUGCUGCGCACCCUCUUCUGUCUGGACAUCUCCUCUGAGCCCAGGCCACAGAGGUGGGAGGAGGUGAAGAGGGCAGUGGAGUGGGUCCGCUGGGCCGACAGGCAGUACCCGUGCAUCUACAGCCGGCUGGAGUUCGGUCUGAGCUGGGAGUCCUCCACCCGUCAGCUGCUGGGCUACGAGGGCCUGCCCCCCUUCUCGCCCCUCAGCAGUCUGAACCUGUGGAGGACGGCCGCCCCUCUGCUGGUCCACUGAGUCGGGCCAGUACCACUGGAAACAGCGUGAAGCCGUGGACCCGACCUGCCUUUGUGUCGACAGUCCAGGCUUCGUGCUGCUGCUGGUGUGUUGCAUUUCGGCGUGGAGAAUGUUUUGCGUCCACACAUGUGCCUGUGUUAUUAUCUGAGCAUUGGUCACGUGUGUCCAUUUUCCUUCUCGUGACUAAUUCCGUUGCAAAAACGAUCCGUCUCACGAAGCAAACGUCGUCUGACUGGAUUCACGAACACGACGAUGAGUUAAUUGCCUCACCCUCUCACACACACACACACGUUACAUUAUAUUACAUUACACAUCACAUGUCAGCAGAUAUUAAGUGUUGAUAAGCGAGAGAUCGCAACCGCUUUGAAACACCGUGAGAACAAAACUGGGUCACUUAGUAAGACAAACCUGUCCGGUUCUCAAACUGGAAAUUUCGACUCGCGUUGAAACGCUGAGCCGUAGGAUUAGAAGAAGCAACUCAAAGUCGUACUCUCAUAAUGUCUUAAACAGGAUUUUCAAAACCAAACGACAAUAAUGCCAUUGGAACUGUUUGCUUUGAAAAUUGAAAAUUCCAACGGUCAAUAAUAUGAUCCAUUUGGUCAUAAUUGAGUUAUAUCCUUUAUCCGACUUUCUUAAAAAAAAACAUACAUAUAACCAUAAAUGUGUACUUUCUGCUUUUUAAAAUUUGCAGUCGCUUCAAAUCAAAACCAGCAGUAUCUACUUUGAACUUUUAAACUUCUCAUCCUCGCUCUGUCUGUAACUUUCCUUACAUAAUCGUCUAACAUUUAAUAAUAUUCCUGCCGAUGAAAAUCAAUAAACAUAAUUCCUGCCGCUGCGAUUACUACUUUUAAUUGAUUUUAACAUUUUGGUUGUGGCUGUUUUGGGGGGUUUUAUUGGAAAAUAAAUAAUGAAAAUUUGGGAACCAAGAA